UAAGUUUGGUUCUGACAACCAACGUUUAUCUUCUAGGUGCAGUUCAGCAAAACUUAUUAUCAAAACACUUUACAGUUCUUACAUCAAAUGAGAUCUUUAGAACUGAUCCAGUAAUUUUUAUUCCGUCAAUUUCGGAACGUACUCCAUUCAAAAACAUCCAACACUUCACAAACAUAUGAUAUUGACAUUGACACAUGAAGUAUUCUAUUUAAAUUAUGGCGGCAGACGUGGAUACAGAUACAACAAAUAACUUAGAAAUAAUGUAUUUUCCCAUAGUAAUAAAUUUAUUAAUGUCCAUUGGGGCAUAUUUCAUAACAGUAAGAUUGAUACCAGGUAUAAAGGAUAAAUUUAUCAAGGCCAAUUUGUUUGGGAUUGAUAUGAGCAAAACAACCAGUGAUAAAGUGCCAGAAUCUUUAGGUGUAGUCACAGGAUGCUCGUUCCUAAUUACCAUGUUUUUAUUUAUUCCAAUUCCUUUUGGAAAUAGUCUCAUUAAUGGUGAUUUUCCACAUGCAGAGUUUGUGGAAUUACUGGCAGCCUUAUUAUCAAUAUGCUGCAUGCUAUUACUCGGUUUUGCAGACGAUGUUUUGGACUUAAGAUGGAGACAUAAACUUCUACUGCCUACUAUUGCAUCAUUACCAUUGUUGAUGGUAUACUAUGUCAAUUUUAAUUCUACCACAAUUGUAACACCAAAACCUUUAAGGGAAUUAAUUGGAUAUUCCAUAGAUAUUGGACUAUUGUACUAUGUUUACAUGGGCAUGCUGGCUGUAUUUUGCACAAAUGCUAUAAAUAUUUUAGCAGGCGUUAAUGGUUUAGAGACUGGCCAAAGUGUUGUUAUAGCGAUGUCAAUUAUUAUUUUCAAUGUCGUGGAAUUGUCUGGUAAUCUACCAAAAGCUCAUCAGUUUAGUCUUUACUUUAUGCUUCCCUAUACUGCUACAACGCUAGCUUUAUUAAAGCAUAAUUGGUAUCCUUCAAAAGUUUUUGUUGGUGACACCUUCUGCUACUUCUCUGGCAUGACGUUUGCCGUCGUAGGUAUUUUGGGUCAUUUUAGUAAAACAACUUUGCUGUUCUUCAUACCUCAGGUCUUUAAUUUCUUGUAUUCUUCACCUCAAUUGUUUAAAUUAAUACCGUGUCCAAGACACAGAUUGCCAAAAUUUAACUCAAAAAUUGAUCGCAUGGAGAUCAGUACGACUAAUUUUAAAUAUUCGGAAUUGAAUAUAUUAGGGAAGAUCGUAAUCAGUUUGUUUAGGAUGUUCAAAUUAAUAAAAUGGCAGGAGAAAGAUGGUUGGGUAGUAACUAACAAUUUAACUCUUAUCAAUCUGGUGCUGCUCUAUUGCGGGCCCCUACACGAGGCGAAGUUAACCUCUAUUUUAAUAGCAAUUCAGAUCUUUUUUACCGGUGUUGCUUUUGUGAUACGGUACCCAUUGGCGUCAGUAUUUUAUGACGUUUAGUUUUUAAUUGAUUUUUAGACUGCAAGUCAAUACGUGCCUGAAUAGAAUUUGAAAUAAACUUUUGUUUGUUAUGCAAUCAAUGUUCAAGAAUUAUUAGAUAGAAAAGUACUAAAUAUCGAUUGUUCUCAAAAAGUUAUUGUAGAAAAGUAAAUCUAAAAUAGGUUUUCUUGAGACAAUGAAUAUUUGAGCUGUUUUGAACAACAGCAACGUAGUUUGUUGUGUUACUUAGCUUUUUUAGAUUGCCUUAAACUGUAAUACUAGUCCAUGUGGAAAAGUAAACGUUUUUUUAUAUUAAUUUUAAAAGUAACUUUGUGCAACUGUUUUUUGUUGUAGCGCAAUUUAGAAUGUUACAUUUAAAUUUUUUUAUUAGAACACAAAAGUAACAAAACGUAAAAUCAAAAUAGUUACUUUUAACGACUUGUAAUAGAUUUAUUUCUGCAGAUGCAGGUGAUAGUAAACCAGUUGCAAACGUGCCGUGCAUUGCCUUCUUUUUUCAGUUGUGCAUAUUCCUGACUAUCAGAAACAUUUGCCGAAAAUAAUCUAAGUACUUUAUUUGCACUCACAAUGUUGUUCCAAGAAUGUAUUUUUACACAAUGGCUGCCAAAGGAUACUUCGUCUGUAUAGUAAUUAGGUUAUAAUAAUUAAGGAAGGACGAUUCAAUUAAAGUCUGCAGGGUGUUCCGUAAUAAUGUUCAGUAUUUUACUAGGGUGUUCUACCAAUCAUUUAGGGGUGGAAUUUCUUAUAAAAUUUUGCAAUUUGUAUUCUCAUUUUUUUCUCUUGUAUUAAAAUGUCAAGAUAAAUUAUUUAUAUUUUUGUGUACGUAAACUGUUGAAUAUACGAAAAAAUUGCAGUUGUGAAAAAAGUUUCUAAAUUAGGGUAAGGUGGGGCAGGUUCGGACACGUUUUUUCAAACAUUAAUAUUAAGAGAAAAUUUUGGACCUAAUUCAAGUGCUACGGAUACCUUAGUGUAUUUACAAUAUUUUGACAUUAUCUCAAGCAAAAAAACGCAGUGGUUCAUUUACAUUUGUCCGAAAAAGAUGCAUUUGUCCGAAUCUGCCCCAUAGUGGGGCAGAUUCGGACAAGUAGUGGGGUACAAAAUUCAGAACCUAUUUAUUUUUAAGAGGAAUAAAAGACUAUAUUAGAAAAAGUUUAUUUAACGUUGUAACCAUCAAAAUUGACAUUAAAUUUAAAGAGCGAACACAUCCUGGAAGUUCCUGGUGCUGUCUUGGGAUUAGGUAUUUUCGAAACUAUAUGAUACGGGUAGCCUGUCCUGAUAAAGGGGUUCAAAUUACCGAACUCCUCUAACCAGGUUAGCUAGUAACCUCAGGGGAUGGGUUCCUGUAAAUCGCCAGAAAGAAGAAAAAAAAGAAAACGAUUGAUAGAAUGUGAACGAGGCUUUAUUAUCUUUUAGCCUAAUAGGAUCCGGCACGGACAGGAUGUCCGGGACUACAUUAUCCUUCCCUUUUCGGUGAGUGACCUCAAAGUCAUACUGUUGGAGUCGAACUCCCCAACGUGCAAUUCUGCCAACAGGAUCACGGAUUGAAUUCAGCCACUUCAGGCUAGUGGUCGGUGAUUACCUGAAACCUCGUCCCCUCUAAGUAAGGAAACAGUCGAAAUAUCUUGCAAGUCCGAAAAGCGGAAUUCGCUUUUAUACUUUCUCAAAAAAUUUAAGACGAAAGAUUUAUCAUUAUUGCAAGAUUCCACUCUGCCGAUGUAAUGAAGUGUCCUUUUGUUGGUCGGGUAUUUGACAAGCAAAUAAUCAGUACAAUGGAUUACGUCAUCAUCCAAUAGCAUGAGUACAUCGUCACUGUCUUCAAACUCGUCCAAAAAAUCGGACAGAUCGUCAAAAAAAUUAGUCCCGUGAACAACAUUCUGUGGUAAAUCCACAUCAGAAUCUGAGGAGUCACUUUCUAUUUUUUUCAACUUUUUCUUUGGUGCCUUCCAUUUACAUUUCUCUUCAACUUUUGUUUUUCUUAGUGUUUUUUUUUCUCCAACUUUUGUUUUCUCAUUGUUUCCAAUUUUUGAAUUCUUUCCUUCUCCGGAUUUAACUAGUCGAGACUUUCCAUUUGUUUUUCUGGGGGCUGCCUUUGGUAAUGGUCUAAUGUUGUCGACGGAAAAUAUAUUAAUUUUAUAUUUUGUAACCUGAUUUAAUAUGUCAUUCAACAUAGUUCAUUAUGGUUACUUCGUCAAUUUCAGAAUCGGCCACAUUGCUAGUGCUCAUACUGAUGGACGGAGUAAAAAAGUUGUUCGAUGUAAUAGAAGUUGAUGGCAGUUCACACUCUUUCAUUCUUAUUUCAGAAUCUGCCCAAUUUGUGGCGAACGACCCCAUGAAAUCGUCAUAAUUAAAAAUCAUGGAAUUAAUAGGACACAAACCAGUACUGGAGUAGCUAGCUGCUUAUAAUAUUUUUAGGUGUAAAAAUUUGCAAAUAAUGAUCUGCAGUGCGUUUAGCGAUAUCAUAAAUUCCAAUUGGUUUUCCAGGAUUUGAAAUGAUAAAGUCGUUAAAGGCAGCCUUACAUCUGUUCUUAAAUGGCCCGUAAAUGCCCCUGUCAAGGGGUUGCAUCUUGUGGGUGCAAUGGGAUGGAAAUGAUAGUAGGACUAUACCAUUGUCACGAGGAUAGUCUAUGGUCCCGAGUGAUGUGUGUGUUUCGUGGUUAUCGAACAACAAAAGAAUUGGAUUUGCUUGAAUUCAACCAGCAUGUUUUUGAAUAUGCUCCAAUAACUGGAGACUUCUCGGCAAAGUCUAUUGCCCCAGGAACUGAACCAUCCAUAAACGGCUUUUUCAUACGUACACGAGGGAAUACAUAUGCUGGAGGAAUUGUAUUUCCCACAGCAGAAAUGAAGCUACACAUUGUAACUGAAACGCACUGGCCCACUGCUUUUGUCCCUGUUUAGGCAAUAACUUUAGGAGCCUGAAGAACAGUUUCGUCGGUAUUCCAAAUGCGAUUAGGGGGAAAAUUAUAUUUUACUUGAACUUUUGCAUAAUUCUUAAAAAACGGAGCAACAUUGGCUUUGUUGAAAGCUGCUGCUCGUGCAAUGGUGGUAUUUUCUGGCUUGCGGUAGGAAAGUCUUGGGUGACGGCUCAUGAAUGAUUGCAUCCACUCCUUCCCAGCCAUAUUAUUUUCGUUCCAAGUAUCUGGAUUUUUUUUGCUCAACUUGCAUAUUUAUAUACCAACUGCCGCGUAGAGCUGUAAGUCAGCCCAUAAAAUAUUUUUGAAGAUUGUUUUAGGUAAAUUUCCAACUGCUUUUCUUCUCCUGGAGAGAAUAUUUGACGGGUAGCGUACUUCGAUAAAGAAGAUUCAUUCUCAUCUGAACUAUUGCUUUCAUUUCCCGAGUCAGUCAAAUUUUUCUUUUGCUUUGUUUUUACAAGUUGGUCAAAAAGAGUUGACUUUGGCAUAUUAAAAGUGCUUGCAGCCAUGCGAAUCGACAUUUGGCGAUUGAGCACGGCUUUAACAGCUUUUUUUUAAAUCAUCUUUCGGAAUAUCAGGGCGAUUUCUCUUUUUAAUGUAGUUACGCACCAUUCUAAAAAGUAAAAUCAAUCAAUAUGUUUUUUUAGCAUUCUUGUAACAGUAUAUUUAUAUUUGUUAAAUGAGGCACAUUCGAACAGUCCGAAGCUGCUCCACUCGAUUUGUCCGAACGUACCCCAUGUUCCAAAAUUAAAUUAAUGACAAAAUAAAAAUCGCACAUGGUUUAUAUGCCGUUUUAUGAGGUUAUGUAUAGAUAAACAUAAUAAUAUUUACGGUAAAUAGGAUAAAACUUACCUUACUGGGAUUCUCGAGCCGAGGCUCUAUUGAAAUUUAUAAGAACAACUCUGUUUAUGAAUUUUCUCAAAUAAAUAGUUCCUGAGUAAUCGAAGUCGCUCAAAAUUUACGUGCCAUAGAACUACUAGUGUAGAAGAAUAUUGUAAUGUCAAUAUAGCAAGUGUCAUAGCACCAUAAGGCGGUAAAUUGGACUUGGCCGGAGGUGCCCCAUGUCCGAACCUGCCCCACCUUACCCUACAUGUAGUCUUCAUGUUUGUUAUAAUUGACUUUUUAUGAAAAAGUUCUGAAAGAAACAAAAAGAGAGGUUGCUAAUUUCUACUCCUUAGAAACAUGACGUUUACGUAAGAAAAGGCACCAUCACAAAAUAGGAUUCUACUAUUGGAUAACGUAUACCAAAAUAACAAUGUUUAAGUCUAACCGUUUUCAAGAAAAAAAAAAAAAAAAACUAAAUAUUUUCGCAGUUUGAAAACCUAAAUAUCUCGACAAAGAGGUUUCAAUUUGCACAAUUAUAUCGGGGGUAAAUUUUUUACUAUCUAGAAUUUGAAUAUAAUUGUCAAAAAACUGACCGACAUUUGUUGCAUUGAAAGCGGCAUUACGAGCCAAACUUGUGUUUUCUGGCGGUCUACAAGACAACUCUUGGUGUCGUUUCAUGAAUCCGAGGAUCCAGUCCUCACCAGCCAUUUUAUUAGCAUUCCAAACAUCUGGAAGGCCAUCUCAUGACUUUGUUUAUAUGUCAUGUUAUAGUGCAAAUUAGAAGCUUUCAUAAAGUAAUUAACAAGCAGCUGGUCCUCUUCGUCGCUAAAUACUUGCCUUAUUUGGUAUUUAUUUCCUCUAGCGUUGGCUAUAGUCACAUAAUCUUCUUCAUCCCCAGAUUGUCCUCAAUCAUCAGCGUCAGGCAUGCUUCAUGUUCUUUUUUGCCAUUUUCACACGUUUAUGUAGCAUAGACUUUUUGAGGCCAUAUUUUUCUGCAGUUUUUCUCAAAGUGACUCCUUUAAUUACUUCUGAAACUGCUGCUGUUAUAACUGCCUCUUCAUCAAAGCUCGAUCAGUUUUGUGAACAUAGGUUCGAACCAUAUAGAAAUAAGGACAACUAUUAUUAUUAUCAUCAUCGAAAACGAUCCUAAAUAUUUAAACUGUAUUUUGAUCUAGUAUUAUGCCAUUUAUCAAAAAACCUGGGGCUAGUGUGGAUAGUGUCCAUACUAUCCCCAUAACAACUGUACACACUAAUCCCAAAUGCAUAUUUUACACAUAAAUUGUCAUAAAACACAACAACUCCCAUUUAAAAUCUAUAACUUACCUUCAAAAUAUAACAAUACCUAGACAGCAGACUGAUGUCAUUAUGACAUCUUAUUUUCGUCAUACAGGACGUCAUUUAUCCUCUGAAAACUAACGUGAUAAUGACGGUAAAAUGACGUGAAUAUGUCACAGCCCAAAUGACGUCAUAUUUAGACGUCCUUUUCACGUCUAAAUAUGACAUGUUUAUGACGUUAACUAGUAGUCUUUAUAACGUCAUUAUGACGUUUAUAUAACGUUGUUUUAAUGUCACCUUUAUCGUUAUUUGAGUCGUCACCAUGACAUUAUCUUUGAUAUUGUUACUCCUUUGUAACUUUUCUAUAGGAACUUAAUAAAACAAAAUUAGAAAAUGAAAUAAUUAUAAUUAAAAAGAAAAAAUGGUUUAAAUACAUGAAAUGUUAUUGGAAAAAAACAUUAAUUUAUAUAAAUCCAACUGCUCCAAAUGUGGCCAACUUGUUCGUUAUUAUUUUGACUUUGGCACAAUCAUGAAGACUACGCUCACAUUUAAUUUCUAAUGAUUUUUUUAUGAGUGCCGCCAUUUUAUAUUAUUUCACGAAUCUGGGAACAUUUUAGGAAACAUCCUAUGAAUGUAAAAUAUAUAAAAUCAUUAAAGAAUAAGGAAAAUAUAGAUAUAAAAAUGCCUUAUGCUGGGUUGAUACUGAUAUAACUUUUUUCACUGACCUUAUCUUAACUUUUAACAACAAUUCUGAAUGCACACGAGCCACGAUCCACGAUGUACACACCAUUACACAUGGCCGAUGCAACAAUCUGCGAUAUCGUUCUCGUGCUUGCUCGAACACACACGAGCCAUACUCCACAGACCGAUAACCACAGACAGACGCAGUCAUGUGUCACGUGGUGUCAUACAAUCUUUAUGCAUUUUAAGCGCCAGAUUUAAACGAUAAUAAACCUAAUAGUUUUAAAAAAAAAUGUUUAGGCCAUAUCAUUUUACAUAAAUAAAAUGUAUUGAUAUCACGUUUAAUAUAAACCUUAAUUUAAUAGUGACAAUAACUUGACGUCACACUGACGUCGAAUUUGUGACGUCAAAAAGUCGUUAAAGAAGUGACGUCAUAAUCACCUAAUUUUUUGUUAACAUGACGUCGAUGACCAAGAAUUACCAAAAAAUUACGUCAAAAUGUCGUCAGUCUGCUGCCUGGGUAAUUUCAUUUGCAAAAAUACAAUUGUGAAAUGACGUUAUUCACAUUAACAGUUAUAGCGCCAAACAGGGCUGCCAAACUUUACAAGAUUGAAGUUAGAAUUAAAAGAGAACGUGCAAUGCAGUGGCGCGUAAAUCAAACGGUUUCAUUAUAAAAAUUGCACUCCCAUGUCCACAGUAGCCCCAGUCUCCCCUAAGGAAUCAUUGCACAUGUUUUUUAAAACACCCUCUGUAUAGUUAAAUAAAACAUUAUAAUGACAACACAUUAAUAUGAGGAUAAUAUCCAGGUAGAUUAAUCUUGUAACAAAGUGAAUCUUUUAAAAUGUAGGCUUAGAAAAAUGUAGGUAUAGCGGUUUUUUAAAUAAUAUUUUUAUUGUGUUUGACAUAAAAUAUUUAAAUGAUUUUACGUAUUGUAGAUAGAAUACAUCGUAUGUCUCAAUCCUUAGAUAUACUAAACCUUCCCCCUGGCAAUUCAUUUGUUUGGAAUGCUUAAAUUACGUCCCUCUAAUAUGAUGUAUAAUGGCCUAAUACUAGAUUCAAAAGUCUCACACUUUUUCGCCCAUGAGUACCUACUACGAGUGGAUUGGCAGUUUGUAAACGGUUUUCAGAAACAAACCGGUUGCUUUUUUGGCUGCAUUUGUCUUACAUAUUCCUACAGAUGCUGUCAAGGUAAAAAAAGAUGAUCAAACUAAGUCAUGGCAUAAUAUUAAUAUGGAUACUUGUAUACUUUUUUUGAAUCGUUUUUUAAAUCUAUUUUUAUAGGGCAUAUCAUUUUGGGCCUACACUUCUAGUCGUUAUAACGCCACUUGAAGUAAUAAAAAUAUUCUUUUCACCAAUAUUGGUUAAAAACAUAACAAAUGUAUCAAAAUAUUCUAAAAAUUGCUAAAUAUUUACAUAUAACUACCCAAAAUUGGUGUAAAGAAAAAUAAUUUUAGAGUAAUAAAAUAGGUAUAUGAAUAAUAAAGAUAUUUUUAUAGAUGCUGCAUAUUUAAAGUUUUCUUUUUAAUAAUGAUUAAAGAAAGUGAAGAACCCUACAUUGUUUGUAAACAGAGAGAUUUUUAGUUCAUAUUUUUUUAUACCAUUUAUGGAUUGGGUCGUUUUUUAUGUUGAUACCAAAGUUUUGUAAAUAGUGGGUACAGUGGCGUAACUAUGGAGGAUCAGGUUUAUUUUUAUAUGUAUUUUAUGAACGUUAUAUGCUGGUUUAUAUGCGUUAUAAUUUUUUUUAUUUAAUAUUGCAUUUUUUAUUUUGUUUUAAAAUUUUGUAAAGAAGGCUUGGAGAAUUUGAAAUCGAACAGUAUACAUUAGAACAGCGAACAAAUAUCAUUUAUUUUUUUGUUUUAACGAAAACUCGGUUAUUUUGACGCAUCGUGCAUAUCGUUGAUGAAAAAUUUUUUAUGACCAUGUGUAGCAAAUCACCCUCAAAAUUAAAUGUGGUUUCAACAAGAUAGCGCCACGGCUCACACUGCAAGGUAUACAAUGGUUCUGUUACGGGAAAUCUUCGGCUCCUAGGAGCGAUUUAAAUUGGCCAUCGCGUUCGCCAGAUUUGACCGCUCCAGAUUUUUUUAUUUGGUGCCACAGACCAUACCUAAACUUGAAAAUAAUAUUCGCAAUGAAAUCCGUGCCAUAACCGUUGAAGUUUUGCAAAUAGUCAUGCAACAUGUGUUGGAAAGAGCGCAACUUUGUAAAGCGGAAAAUGAGCAACACCUGCGAGACGUAAUUUUUCACGUUUAUCUGCUGUAUUUUGACAAAAUAAUUUCACAAUUUAUUCAAAAAUAAAAAAGUUAUAAAGCAUUUAAAUUAUUUUUUAAAUACUUCUUACGAUUUUUGAAAUUCCUAAUUGCGUGAUUUUUAAACAUUAGUUUGAAAGUAGAUUUGUUUUUGUUGAAGCCAUUAUAAAGACGUAUUAGAGACGUUUCACAAAUACGUUUGUGGAACAUCCUACGAUGUUGCUCAAAUGUCUUAGGUUUUUUAUACUAUUGCUGGAAUCUUUCCAGAAAUGACCUAAACGUUUUUUUAGUAGGAUAAUCAAAUCUUUUAUUUUUUUUUCAUAAAUUUAUUUGAAAAAAUAUAUUUUUUGACAUAAAAAUUAAAAAUGUUAAUUAUUACGCUGAUUCAUUGCAUCUAUUUCUUCCGGUGCCCUCCACAAAAAUGUUUCAAUUAAAUGAUAAUAUAAACAUUUAAUAUUAAGUUAAAAUAAUUACCCAUAAUGGAUUUAGCUAUUUUUAACGUGGCAUCUUCCCUUUUUCCAGUGAAAGAAAACAACUUACACAACUCGUUCCUCGAGGGGAACUAUGUAUCUUCUGAUAAAUCCACACAGAUUAUUGCUACCUUGGUUUUCAAAAUACAAUACCUAAAAUAGUUAUUUUUAAAGUUAACAAAUAAAGAAGUAAUAACUUUAAUAUCUUGCACGUCAAACGAUUGUUUCUGCAUUUGCCAAGCCUGAUCAAACUUCGAAUUGGAAGUGAUUUUUCAUGUAACUUUACGUACAAACUACACACAUUACUUUUAGUUUAUUUAAAAGUUUAUAGACAAGUUGUUUAUUACUUUUAAACUUUUCUAAACUUUAUUAUAAGUGAGCUGAAACAUAUUUUCAUCUUCAACUGUCAACACUAAUGAAAACUGUUUGUCAUAUGUCAAUAUUGUCAUUGGAUCUGAUUAUACGGUGGGCGUGUUCGGUUAAAACUUCGCGAGCAAAUCAAAUGUGAGGUCUAUUCCUUUUUAUCGAAAAUAUUGAUCCAUAUAUACAAUUUGUAUAAAUGGAACGAUAUUCCAUUACGAGGGCUUCUGUUAAUAGUGUACUUUUUUGGCUCGCGGAGGAUUAACCGAACUCUCCUACUGAACCAGAAAGAAAGGUAUAUUCAUCUCUGUCGUAUUUUCUUUGUAUUCCUUUUUUGAAUAAAGAUAAAUUUGACCUGUAUCAGUUGUCCUGUGAAAUAAAAAUAUUGUUCAAAAAGUUCAAAUUUAAUAUUGGAGUUUGAUAUUAUUGUAGAUUUCUGGAGAUUGCAGUAAUUUAUAAUUUAUUGAUGUUUCUAAAACGUUCUUGAGAAAUCAUUCCAGAAACGUUCCUUUAGAGACAUCGUAGGGACAUACAUGAAACCUAAAUGGGAUGUUUCUGGCAGAUCAGUGUUAUUAGGGAUACUUUAGUUUGAUAAAAUUAAUUCUCGAACCUCUAACCUCGCACAGCAUGACAAACGAAAUACUCCCAAGAUGUUUAGUGCGCCCUUGAACGAACAUCGAAUUUUGGGUGUAACUGCUCUAGAGUUCUAGGCAUUUUGCAGAUUCUAACUUAAUGUAAUUUGUUCUUGCUUGGCGGGCUUCAUAAAAACUCAAAAGGGUAUAGUUUCUAAAGCGAAUAAAAAAUUAUAUGACGGAAGUAUGAGUCUCAAGGUAGCGUUCUGUUUUAUCUUUUUGAUUUGAUACGAAACUUUGAAGAAAUAUAUCAGAAAUUAGUAACAUAAUAUACCAAGUGCUCCCUAGUUACGUAACUGUAUUUAAAAGAGUGUUUUAUAUAUUUUAUCCAACAGCUACCGCUACUAUUUAUAGAGUUAUUAUUUAUUUGGUCGUAGAUAAAUAAAGUACUAAUGUACUGUUUGGUUAUAACGUAUAUUUAAUAUACUUUUAUUUAAAAUUAUAUUGAUAAUUUAGUGUUGGUUUGGUUACACUGUGAAGUCCUGCUACCUAGUUUAUUAGUUUUAUGACAGUUACAGCUUAUAAACAUGUUUAAUCAAAUUAUAUUAAUAAUAACUAAGAAUACAAUCACAUAUUUGUUAAAAAUGAUGAA